AUAGAUGAGACGGACCGCUGUCUCUGUUAAUAAUAAUAAGAAUUCAUGGGUGAAGGUGUGUAAACUGAAAUGUUUACUACUGUGGCAUAGUUGAGGUGUAUCCCCAUUAGUGACGUACCAUGCGUCUCUCUACAUGGUGACGUGAAGGAGGGAGACCCGCUAAUUAGUUCACCUGGAUAUAGCCCCGUCAGAUUUCCAUAAAGAUGUCCAAGGAGAUCGAGAGAGGAGAUCUUGCAGAUGCAGCUACCAUGGCAACUCAAAACGCAGUGGUUGACAGUAGCAGGGGUGAGAGCAACAGUAAUGAGGGUCGUCAUCCAGAAGUAGCUGAUCCGCAUCCUCCACCCAAUAGCGAUGUUUGUGACGCCACUGAUGCCAACACAGUCGCUGCCAAGAACUUGGAUAUACUCAAAGCCCACUCCCUAGAUGUUAUCUUCGAGGUUGGCGAGGAGUAUGACAUCAUCGAGACCAUUGGAACAGGGGCUUAUGGUGUAGUAUCCUCUGCCAGGAGACGGGACAAUGGUGAGCCAGUUGCCAUCAAGAAGAUCCCAAAUGCUUUUGAGGUGGUUACCAAUGCCAAGCGCACACUGAGAGAGCUCAAGAUUCUGAAACAUUUUAAGCAUGACAACAUCAUUGCAAUUAAAGACAUUCUACAGCCUGGUGUCCCACAAUCAGCCUUCAAGUCUGUUUAUGUGGUGCUUGACCUGAUGGAGAGCGACCUCCAUCAGAUCAUCUACUCACGGCAGCCACUGACACCAGAGCACACGCGCUACUUCCUGUACCAGCUGCUGCGUGGCCUCAAGUAUGUGCACUCGGCCAAUGUCAUCCACCGCGACCUGAAGCCGUCCAACCUGCUGGUGAACGAGAACUGCGAGUUGAAAAUCGGCGACUUUGGCAUGGCUCGGGGCCUCAGCACAGUCCACACCGAGGAGUCGCGCUCCUUCAUGACCGAGUACGUCGCCACGAGGUGGUACAGGGCACCAGAGCUGAUGCUGUCGCUGCACCACUACAGCCUGGCCAUCGACGUGUGGUCAGUGGGCUGCAUCUUUGCGGAGAUGCUUGGACGCCGGCAGCUGUUUCCUGGUAAGCACUAUGUUCACCAGCUGCAGCUGAUUCUGGCUGUGCUGGGCAAGCCGCCCGAGGGUUUGGUUGGCAUGAUUGGUGCGGAAAGGGUACGAGCGUACGUGAAGAGCCUUCCCUCUCAUAACCCUGUGCCCCUCAGCAAGCUAUAUCCGCAGGCCGAACCUACCGCACUGGACCUGCUGGGCGCCAUGUUGCGCUUUGAUCCGAGAGAGAGAAUGAGUGUUUGCCAGGCGCUCGAGCACCCAUACCUCGGCAAAUAUCACGACACUGACGACGAACCCAUCUGCGUGCCUGCCUUUGACUUUGAGUUUGACCGGCAGCCUAUGGGUCGGGAACAGAUCAAGGAGGCCAUUCUUGUCGAGAUCCAGCAUUUCCAUGUGACCAAACAAGCCAGUAAACCACGGAUCCAGUUCCGACCCCUCCAGAGCCAGGGCUCUAGCUCUAGCAACUCACCAACUGCUAGCGAUGCUAACAGCACAUUAGCAGACCCAAUGCAUCCCCCCCAGCCAGCAGAUACAAACACUAACCAGCGUGGUGACACUUGCAGAACAACUGUUGACGCCACUCAGCCUUUUAGCAACCAAAUACCUCCAUUUUGUAAGCAGUCUGUUCACCCGACCAACUCACUACCACUACUGAACCAGCCAGAAAGGUGUCAGGAUGUGGACAUGCCGAGUGCCAGUUCCGACAGUGGCCAGGCGGACAUCAUUGAUUUGACCACCCCCACGUCCUCCAAGGGUACUCCACCAACUGAACCAAUGAGGGAGUGCCCGAAGACACAAGAGUCUGCCCCCUGCAAUCACACGUCUCAGACACAGACUACCCAGAACCACCCUCUGUCUCAGCCUCAGGCUACCUCUACUCUUCCACCUUCUUUUCCGAGUACUGUUCCCUCGCUAUCUCUGUCGAAUUCCCAAGUCCAGUCUCUUUCCCAGUCCCUGUCUCGCUCUCUUGGAAAGGGUGUCAGAGGGGCAGCAGGCACAGGAGAGACCACACGAAAAGAGGGAGCAAUCUCAGAUGACACCAAAGCAGCCUUGAAGGCAGCCCUCAGACAGAGAGCCAGGGAUGGGGGAUCUGCCGUGCUGAACACAGAGGUGGGAGGAGGUGGAGGUGGGGGAGGAGUCAAUUUGUCAUCGUCCUCCACCCUUCCGCCAGAUAUGAGGAGACCUAUCACAGCCCAGGAGAGGCAGAGAGAACGGGAGGAAAAGAGGAGAAAGAGGCAAGAGAGAGCGCGGGAACGAGAGAGGAAGAUGAAGGAGAAGGAGAAAAAGGAGGGCAAGAGGGGUGCUUGUUUGGGAGGGGUUUUGCUGAGUGACAAUGACAAGAGUCUAUUGGAGCGCUGGAAACGCAUGAGCGACAGCCGCGUUGACAAACACCAGUCCCCGGAAAGCAACGGUACAAAAAUCUCUGACAGCAGGGUAUCGUGCUGUCACAGCCAGUCUGCGGCAAGCAAGACCAUUCAAAAGUCAAACAUGGAGGCAGCUGAGCCUCAGCCCACAAAACAGCACAUCGAGUUGCCAAUCUUCAAACCUUCAUCUCAACUUGUCCCCCCUGUGGGACAGUGCGUACCCUCUGGAAUGUUCCAGUUGCCUGCUGCUCAGACUGUCCUUCCUUUCGCUCUAGGCAAACCACAGGAUAGCGAUAUGGGGCUGGUGGCUCUUGGAGGCGGAGGGGGUCUAAGUGUUGUAGGGGCAGGUGGCCUUGGAGUAGUGGGUGCCGCCUGCCCCCUGCCCAAAAACAAUUUGUUGAAAGUCCCGCCGCAGCCUUCGAGCCGGUUUGUGGGUACGUCAGUGUUCAACUCACUGGAGAGCUGGACAGGGACACCGGCAGGGAUGGCUACACCUCAGCAGUUGCCACAGCAACAACAUCCCCCGCCUCAGCCACAGAUCCCAUCCCAGCCGCAACAGAUCAGGCAGCCCCCCCAGGUGUCGCCCCUCGCCCCACAGAAAAACUUCUCCCAGUCGCUACCCCACACACAGCCUCAAGCCCACCUCCAGACGCCACUCAACGCUUUUGUUAACCCCAACCCCCUGACCCACAACGGCACUGGCAGAGUGGGUCUCCCAAACUCCAACACCCCCCUGCCCAGCCUCGACCCAGUGCCCGUGGACAAGCUCUGCCCCACUCUGCCUGAACAGCCAGCAGUUCUCCACACUCAGAACCCUUCCCAGGGACCCCCGGCAGACCUCACUCAGGCUGGCCUUGGCCACACAGACUCCAGGCCACCAGGAGGCACCAGUGGGGCCCCAGACAUCCACACCGUCACACUACAGCUCUCAAAAUCACAGGUGGAGGAUGUGUUGCCUCCAGUGUUCUCCGUGACCCCUAAGGGCAGUGGUGCUGGCUAUGGUGUCGGAUUUGACCUUGAUGACCUUCUGACACAGUCCCUCACCGACCUUCAGCACUCUGACCUCAGGGAAAGUCACAAUGACUCUGCCCCUCUCUCUGCAUCAUUGCUUUCUGACUGGCUUGAAGUACACCGAAUGACCCCAGCUGACCUGGAAUCACUACAGCAGGAGCUGCAGCUUGGAUCUCCCAUGAUCCUCUCUGACAAUUCAACACUUCCUGAUUCGUGAAUUUCCCGACUUUAUUUUUUAGAACAAAAGAAAUGAAUGAAGAAUGAGUAGAGACAUGUAGUUCUUACCACAGAAUAAUUGCUUCAUAGAUCAUCUUUGUACAAGAACUUUGCUUUUUUUUUUUUGUCAAAAUAACUGGAAUGAUUGCUGAUACCAUUUAGGUGUUUGAGUUUUGCAACAACAUUACCAGCAGUGUUUUUAAAUAAAGGGCGUAAAGGGA